AUGAACGCUCAUUCGCCGAUCGAAGCGGGUAGCGAGUCGCAGGGUGUGGAGACCCAAACACGCCUAGACACCGUCACCGUUUCAACUCCGAUCAAUUCCCCGUCUUAUGUGUCGGCAUUCCAGACGCCAGCACAGUACUUGGAUGAUCUCAGUUCCCAAUACUUCAUGGCAGAGGAAGCAGGGGGACACCCCCCUCGCGAGAUCGAGGACCCUGAAUUUACCAUGACCUCGGCGCAACUAGACCUUGAUGACCACAGCUUUACUCCUUCUAUGAUUGACCACGACCAGAGCAGUCUAUUCCCUUUAUCCAGCGAGAAUGGCGACCACGAACGCGCCAACAAUCAGACUCUCAUUGAGGAGCACGAAAUGCGCCGCAAGCUGAUGGACAUCGAGUCGAGUUUUCUCCCAGAGCCCUCGACAAUUGAUGUCGCCGCGAAAGGCCCUACAGCUGGCGCGGAUGACACGUACCUGGUUGGUGUCCCGAAAGAUCACGACAUCUCGCAGAACGAUUCUUCACAGCUCUCGUUCCGUGAACCGACCCAAGCACACCACACGCAGGAUCAGGAGAAUGUCGGAAAGGACGAACCAAAGAUAGACGACGAGUCGGCACCUACUGGCCCUAAGGAACCCGGACAAGAGCAGGAGCAGGAGCAGGAACAACAUGGCGAUAGUAUGGUUGAUUCACGCACCUCGUCGCCCUCCGCCGCAGCAGCCCUCCGCCGUAACCAGUCUACAUUGUCCGAAAAUGCGCCGGACAACAGCCAGUUCUCUCAAGACGAGCGCCCCUUCAGAUCGGAAUUCUCUAUGGCUGGAAACGAAUCGCAACUCACACCCUCCAAGCUUAGAAACACUGACCGAAGCUUGUCGCCCGGCGCGUCGCGAUUGUUUAGUGACCAGAGCGGUAGUAGUCGCAGGGCCAGUCGGCCCAAAUAUCUGACUAGCCGCCAAUCAGCCCAUCGCCUUUCUCACUCCUCGGUCGCGAGUAACAACACGGAAACAACAAACAGCGAUGCUACAUUGGGCGCAGACUAUGCUCUUCAAACUGGAGGUGCAGUCCCCGAAAACUGGGGUGGCCUCCACGCUCCAAGUCGGGCUCAUAUGGCAAGGACUACUAGCCUUGGAAGCAUGGCAUCGGGUGUUUCUGGAUAUAGUGAAGAGAACUCCGUCGAGAAGCGCAAUACAAGUGGUCCAACAGAUAAAGGCCUUCAUACAUUGGAGGAGGAGAGCUCGCCACGAUCUCGAGCUGGCUCCCCGCAACAAGCCAACUACGAUGAUGUGUCUGCACCGGUGACGCCAAAGGCGAAACCACAAGACAGCAAUCCUCCUACGGAUACAGCAAUUGCAGAGCGCGUCAAAGGUAUUCAAAUUCCUACUAGCUUUGCGCAGCGGUUCCGGGAAGACUUCCAGCCGUCUCCUGAGAAGAGACCUGGUGCUUCAACCCCGGCAUUUGGCAAAAGUGGCCGGACUUUGACUCUCAAGGAGCAGAGCAGCACCAUUGACAGACUCUCAAAGGAUAACUUUGACCUGAAAAUGCGAGUCCAUUUCCUCAAUGAGGCGCUGAACAGACGCUCCGAGGAAGGUAUUAAAGAGAUGAUCGGGGAGAAUGUUGAGCUUAAGUCGGACAAGGUCAAACUUCAAAAGGAUAACCAAAGCUUGAAGCGCAAGAUCCGGGACUUGGAAAAGCAAGUCAAGGAGCAGCAGUCAGACAAGGAAUCUAUGGUCAACCAUGACCCCGAUGGGUCAGAGGACGGCGAUCGUGAUUCAGCGCAAGAUGGGGAGAUUGUCUUCCUGCGUGAGCGUGUUGAAACUUUUGAGCUCGAGAUUGAGCGCAUGAGGUCAGAAAGCAUUGCGAGAGAAAGUGAGAAGCGACGAUUGGCUGAGAUGGUCAAGUCACUCAGCGAGAACCGCACUGGCGAGUCUGAUGCCGGUGCGAGGGAAGAGCGAGACAUGUGGAAGGACAUGCUCGACGCAGAAACCUCCGCGCGUGAGCAGGCUGAGGAUGAGAAUCGGAGACUUCGUGAUGAGUCGAUCCGUCUGCGGAGUGAGAUGUACUCGACUGCCAAGUCUGGUCAGCAUCAAAGUGAGGUCUCAUACUUCUCUGACAGAGAUGGCAACCGCGUUCCGGCUACCAGCAGCACACUUAUUGUGGAGCUUGGCCUCUUGAAACAGGAGAACGCGGAGCUGAGAAAGGAGGUCAGCGCUCAAACUUCAAUGCUCACAUCUCGCAACCGCGAGAAGGAACGUCUCUACCAGGAGAUUGAGGAGUUGAAAAUGGGUCAGCGUCGCGACACUGGCCGAUCAGUGGCCGGCGACAGUAUCUUUGAUCGCUCCGCCUCACGCGCCCAUAUCCGACCAUCGUCUCAGGCUAGCGACGGAGGCUUGUCUCGCAGCGACCUAGACCGUGAUGAGCUCGAAGCCCGGAACGGACAUCUGCGGGACCAAGUCUCAACCCUCAAACUCGAUAACCAAGCCCUGCGAGCCCAGGUCGAGGAAUAUUCCGGAGAACUGGAGGCUCUUGACAAGGCAUAUCAGGCAGAUGUAGAUCAAGCCGAGGAAGAGAUUCUAGGCCUCACCCAGGAACGAGACCACGCCAUGCAAAUCGCAGAUGAGCGGGAUGCUGCCUUCCAGGACCUGCGAGCUGAGGCGCAGGAUGAGUUAGAUAAUCUCGGAGACGAGCUUGAUCAAAAGAUCAUGGAGUGCCAGCGCAUGAAUGAGGACCUAAGAAACCAGGAUGAAAGUCUCAAGGUCUUGCAAGCGGAAAUGCGUUCUGCCAGCGAGGGUAUCAUCCGUCUCGAGGAAGAUGCGCAGAACAACUUGGCGGCAUACAAGUCCGUGCAGCAAGAGCUCGAGGAAACCAACCGCGAGAUGGAAUCUGUGGAGAAGAGUCUCUUCGAGGCCAACACCAAGGUCCAACGACUGACGGUGCAAAUCGAGUCGAGUCAGAAUGAGAUUGCUUUCCUCCGGGAAGAGCAAGAUGGCGACAAGAUCCGCAUUGGCGACCUCGAGUCGGAGCUCAAGAACUAUCACAUGAGCUUAAUGAGUGAGAGGGAGAAGAGCAGGGAGCUCGAGCAACGACUGGCCGAUGAAAGACACCAGCGAGAGGUGGUCGGAAGUAAGGAGAAGCAAGAUGUUCAGCGCAUCAUGAAUGAGCUGAACCGCGAAGCCUCUGCUGCCAAGGAGGAAGUCCGGCGAUUGAAAAAGAGUCUGUCCGCGCAGGAGAUUGAAACUUCUACCUGGCGAGAACGUCUGAUGGACCUUGAGAACAACUUGAGAGAAACUCUGGGUGAUCUUAGCGGCAGCCGAUCCAGCUUGAUCACCAACAUCAUGAAGCUGCAAAAGGAGCUCGAGUCAACUGCACUUGAGCUGGAGAGCAUACGCUCGCAGUUAGAUGAGAAGGAGACACUGCUUCGCAACCGCGACGCUCUGCUCGAAAGCCAUGGACUUGAGUCUCGCAAACUUUCGGAACUUCUGGAACGCGAACGCCAAGCACGUCGGGCAGACAAGCAGUCCUUUGAAUCAUCGCUCAAAUCUCACCAACAAGCUUCGCGCACCAUUACACAGAACAACUCCCGCAUCACAGAUCUGGAGAAUGCUCGUACUCAGGACCGCAAGCGAUAUGCAUCGUUGGAGCAGCAAUUCAAGGACCAACUUAACGAGCGCAAUACCAUGUUCCUCACUAUCUGGAAGAGAAUGUCUGGGCUUUGCGGGCCAGACUGGGCGCACUCCAACAGUCUUAUCAAUGGCAAUCUUCCCAGCCAAGAGGUCAUUGGUAACAUCCUUUUCUGGCCUGGCUUCAGCCGCAACUUGUUGCUUGCGAUGAAGACCGUCGAGGCUGUGAUUGCUGGAUUCAAGAGCCGUAUCAAGUCCGUUGACCACGAGAUGACCAAGCGCUACCACACUCUGGAGCAGUCGUAUAAUGGACGGAUCCGCAAGCUCGAGCGUAUUGAAGAGGCAGUCAAAAAUAUGCGAACCAGCCGUGGCCAGUCGGGCUCCUCGCCAGAGAUCUCCAAGCUGCGUGGUGAGAACCGACUCCUGAAAGCCGAACUCAACCUGAUUCAAACCAAUUCACGCGGACAUGCAUCUGCCGCUGCGUCUGCAGUGAUGGGAUCAGGACCCCAGUCCCCAUCCCUAGCGUCAACAGCAGAUGCGGAACGCACUUUGGCUCGUCAAAACUCCUCAGCCAGUGACAGACCUCGUCCAGAGAGGACUCUUACUCGCAGUGCUACGGGUCUUCCACAGCCCUCUCACUCCUCGUCCAGUAGCACGUUGACCAACAAUGCUGGAGCAAUGGUCCAUCGCACGCGCAGCUCGCAAGGCGGAUGGGAUACUAGUGAUGAGAAAUGGGUUCACCGUCUUCAUGAAUUGGAGAAGCGACUGAAAUCCGAACGUGAAGGUCGUCUCCUGGACCGCAGUGGCGCUCGCAAGCGACUCGAGGAGCGUGAUGCCGAGAACCAAAAGCUUCGAGACCAGCUCAGCCGGGAACGCACACGGCGUGGUCCUUCAGGACCUGUUCCUGCUGGUGGCAAUCGUCGGCCCCCUACCUCGGAUGAAGCGCCUAGCUCCAGUGAAGGAGAGGGCAUCACGGUAGACAUCGAGGUCUGA